AGUUUGUCCGGUCUAUAAAUGCUGACAAGGCUCCUCCGAGGAGGCGCAACAACAACUCUGCGAAGCGUUGACUCCUAUGCCGAGAAAUGCAAAGCUCUCCAAAGCCCCAGUUUGCCAGCUGGCUCAUAGAGCAGGUGGAAACGGGCCAGUACACGGGCCUGUGCUAUGUGGGCCAAAACAAGUUCAGAGUCCCCUGGAAGCACAACUCCAGAAAGGACUGCAAAGAUGAGGACAGUAAAAUAUUCCGGGCGUGGGCUGUGGCCAGUGGUAAAAUCAGCGAGUUCCCCAAUGACAAAGCCCGGUGGAAAACCAACUUCCGCUGCGCUCUGAACAACCUCUCCGUGCGCUUCAAGAUGAUAAAGGAUAACUCCAAGAUUUCUGAUGACCCCCAUAAAAUCUAUGAGAUCAUCAACACUGAGUACAACCAUCAAAGUCUGCCAACACAAGACCCCCAGGAGGAUUCUGUCAUGACUCCAGAUAUCUACAGCUCUCCCACAGAGUUCUUCCCCUCAGGAAAUGAGCACAAUCUGGUCAACAAUUUCAUGGCCUUGGAUCUUGGCCGCCAUCCAACAGAGGAGCAACAGUGGGCAGAGAACUACUGCCAGCCCAAUCUGGCUGUCCUUGGAACCUAUCCUGUUGCAGCUGAGAGCCACCCACAGGCUUUACCAGAUCAGCUGUCCUACUACGAGGCAACUCCUCAGCCCGUCCUCAGUUCACCUCUGCAGCCAAGUAUUUAUGACCUGGAGAUCUCCAUCCACUACAGGAAAAGAGAAAUGCUAAAGACCACGUCCACCGCUGCUCGUCUCCAACUCCACUACCAGCACGAGGACCCUGAGCUCAAUGCCUAUCAUCUCUGCUUCCCCUCCACUGAUGGCCUGCUAGACCACAAACAGAUUGAUUACACCAACCGCAUCCUUAACAGCAUCCAAAGAGGCCUACUCCUGGAGGUUCGGGAGACUGGUAUCUAUGCCUGUAGGCAGGACAGGUGCCAUGUGUUUGCCAGCACCGGUGACCCCAGUGUGGCUCACCCGGACCCAAGAAAGCUGCCCCAGAACACCACUGUGGAGCUCCUCAGUUUUGAGAAGUAUGUGUACGAACUGAAAAAGUUUAGGGAGAACAACGGUGGCUCUCCUGACUACACCAUCAACAUGUGCUUUGGAGAGAAGUUUCCUGAUGGAAAACCUUUGGAGAAGAAACUUAUCAUAGUCAAGGUGGUCCCUCUGAUCUGUCGACACUUUCAUGAGAUUGCACAGAUGGAGGGGGCUUCGUCUCUUCACAGCGCCAACGUCAGCCUACAGAUCUCACACAACAGCCUCUAUGAUCUCAUUAACUCUGUCUUUAGUCUGCCAACAGCUGAAGAGGCAGCACGGGCUGCUACGCCUUUCCUACAUCAGAUCUGAAAUUUCAUCUCUCGCUUACCUCUGAUGGGGAAUACGUCACUUACCUAUGGCACCACACGAUGCACUGUAUCCUGUUCUUAUCCAAAGCUUUGCUAAAAAAAACUAGCCAAUCCGCUGACCUGUUGAAUGUGCUACAGUAGCUGAAGCAGGAAUGAACAAUUCCAUUUGGUAUUGCAGAAUGUCAGAAACUGACAUUUUUAAUCACUACAAAGUAGAAAUGGACUCCUUCAUAACUGAGAAGUUACUCAACCCAAAGGCCAAGGGUCUUGCCUUGUAAUAAACUUUUAUAUGAUUACUGUAAAUAUCAAAGUAACUGUAUUAAAUAUGUUUCACUAA